UGUACAGUAUGUGAGGUAGGUGUAGGUUGAUGAUGUCGUCCAGGCCACGCCCACCUGCAGAGGCUAUAGAUGCCGGUGUUUUGGGGGUCCACCUCUUCACAUCGAGGACGUCCGACGGCUGAACAAGUCCUAAGACUGCAGGAAGAGAGACGCUUAGUGAAGUUGUCCAGCUCCUGGUCACUCCUCAUCCUCCUAAACCUUCAUCAUCAUCCUCUUCACCCUCGUCUUCUGGAAGCCGAAGCUUUGAGAGGUCAUGCCGGGCAUCGCUCUCCUCCUCCGGGUCCUCGUCCUGCUGCUGGGAGGGACGAUUCUCCUCAACGGCAUCCCUGCACCGAGGAGCAGAGUGCGCCGUCAGAACAUGAAGAUUCGGAUCAACGCCACUGGCGACACCAUCGUAAUGAAGUUUGUGCGUCCGAAUCCGGACGUGAAGCUGGAGGGUUAUAUUCUGGGUUACGGCAGCAGCAUGUUCUCCAAACAGUUCAUCCAGCUGCCCGAGAACGGACAACCAUACGAGACUGAGAUGGACGCAGAGCCCAAGUACCUGGUGGCCGUCCAGCCAAUCCCGGCCAACGACGUGAAGAAACACUGCACAGGGAAGGUGAACCUGGAGAAGCCGCUGCACCUGGUGAUCGGCUCCGUCAGCCCCACGGCCGUGCUGCUGUCCUGGGGAAACUACCUGAAGACGCCCUACGAAGGGAACAUCAUGAACGAGUGUCUGGAGGACGGGUUCUACACCAUCCGCUACAGAGAGAGGAACAGGAAGUGGAUCUAUCAGACCUGCCCAACCAGCGACACGGUCAUCGACAACCUGAAACCCAACACGCCAUAUGAGUUCGGCGUCCGCUCCAACAAGGACGACCGCAGCGGCACGUGGAGCAAACUGGUCGUCCACAACACCAACAUGGGCAAUAAGAAGGCACAGACGCCGUACAAGGUGCACAGUCCUCUCGUGAAGCCGCUGAAACCCCAAACUCUGUUCCCUCCUCGUACCGCCAUUCACAACAGGACGCUGUCUGGACCCCCUUCUGUGCCCAAAAACCCAGUUUUUCCCGGAGCUCCUCGCACUUCUUUUGGGCCACCUGAGAGCCGCCAGGAAACUUUACCCCAGCGCGGCUCUGCUGAGCCUGAAUGGCCUCAUGUGUCACUCGACAAAGAAAACACUGUCAGAAAUGACACCAAGCAACCAGUGGAUCAUCCUCCUGCCCUCCCCCAAUUCCUGCCCACCAAAGCCCCUACCGCCAACGCCUCAACCUCCCUCCUCCUUAAAUUACACUCCAGUGGCGACUCACUUCAGGUGCUGACUACUAAGGCGCCCACUAAUCCACCUGAGAAGCCUCAUAACCCUGCUGCUUUCGGCAAAUCACAGGAUGGAUCAUCGCUGCUGACAUCAGCUCUGGCCAAUGAGAGAGCUAAAGCUAACAACUGGGGUCAAGGCAGCAAAAGAAUUCCCUCUCCUUCACUGCCUUUGCAGCCCUACAACCCGGCAGCUACCACAUUUACCAGAUCCAUGAGGCCUACAUCAAGAAAUCCCCUCUUUCCCUUCUCUAAUGGCCUAAGACAGUCCCACUCCUCCACUAGACCCAGUAACUCAUCCCCGACUUCUCGGAUACUCGGGGUAAACGGACAGCCACAUCGGGGCAUUUCCCCACCUAAACCAGCCUUAUGGUCCAGGCAUCGACUGGUGAACAACUCAUUGCUGGAGUCUGACUUCCCUGAUGGGUUUGGCCGCUCGGCUCCCAAAAGCGAAGAACGGUUCUAUGGAUCCCCUUCUCGCCCGUCCACGGACAUCAAAAAAAAAAUAAACCUGGUGCGGAAACCCGGAGAAACAGACAAGGUGAAGGACUUUAAGCAGACGGACAAGUUGCAGAUUCUCCAACCCAAAGUCCCACCAGCAACCACCAAGCCAUCCAAACAAGAACGCAAACAAACCACGACUGCUGCACCGACAGCUGCCAGUCGACAGGAAACCUGGGAGGACUCUGAGCUGUUCAAACCUCAGCCAGCCUCUGACCUUGACGCCACGGGAAAGAAGCGAUACGUUGCGCCUCACGUCAUCUACCAAACUGGGAAGAAACCGGACGAGCCUUGCUCCAUCACCUCCUCCCUCAGCUUCUUCCCCGAAGACGAACCCAGUGAGGCAAACGUGACGGCUCCGCCCAAGUCUCCACCGUCUAACAUCACCGUGGUGACGGUGGAGGGAUGCCCGUCCUUCAUCAUCCUGGACUGGGAGAAAACUGACAACGACACCACCGAGUAUGAAGUCAUUUCCACCGCUAAAGGACCCAAUGGCGACCAGGUUUCCAUCCUGACCACCAACCAGACUCACACCACUGUGGAGAACCUCAAACCUGAGAGCAGAUAUGAGUUUAAGGUGAAGCCAAAGAACGAGCUGGGCGCAGGUCCUCCCAGUGAACCAGUGUCCUUCAAAACAGAGUCGGCCGACCCGCGGGUGAGCGAGAUCGUUUCAGGAAAAGACGCCAUCUGGACUCAGUUCCCCUUUAAGACGGACUCAUACUCUGACUGCCACGGCAAACAGUACGUGAAGAGGACCUGGUACCGCAAGUUUGUCGGCGUCCAGUUGUGCAACUCGCUCAGGUACAAGAUCUACCUGAGCGACUCGCUCAACGGUAAAUUCCACAACAUCGGAGAUCAGACCGGCUUCGGGGAGGAUCACUGUCAGUUUGUCGAUUCGUUCCUGGAUGGAAGGACAGGCAGGCAGCUCCGAGCCGACCAGCUGCCGUCCAGACCUGGUUUCUACAGGGCCUUACGUCAGGAGCCCGUCCACUUUGGCCAGAUAGGAGGACACUCCCACGUCAACUACGUCUCAUGGUACGAGUGUGGAACGCCCAUCCCCGGAAAAUGGUGAACAGACAUUUUAAGAGAAGCACAUGGCAGGAGUCGUCGUCCAGGCUGAGAUGGUGACAACAGCAGGGGCCUUUACGGACCCCUGAAGUGCAUCACCUUACCCAGUGCUGUAAAAACAUGUACAGGACAUACUCGUCAGGGAAUUAGUAACGAGAGAGCAUUUAAAAAAAAAAAAAAUGUAAUAGCAAACAUGCCUCAUCUUUACUAUUUAUCAAGCAAUAAGGCUCAAGUGGUAGAAGAACAGGAAGAUAUGUGGAGGUUUGGUUACUCUCUGCAGUGUGGGCGGGUAGCAAAGCCCCGCCAUAUAUUUUAUUUUGUGUUAUAAUAAUGGGAAGCUGGCUCCCUGGAAUACUAUUUUCAUAACUUGUGAGAUGUUAUUUAUCAAAAUAUCUUUGAUUACAUUUCUUCACAGGAUUUUUUCAGUAUGUGAAGCUUCCGCUGUUCCUUUGGUGUCGAUGCUCAGAACAUUUUCUCUGUUUCCAGUUGAGCUCAUUUCUGUUCAUUUGAAAAGUACAAAAGUAGAGCAACGACGUGCUCCUGCUUGACAUUCAUAACUGGCAGCUCACCAGUAAAACCAGUCAUCUCCUGGUGGCUGUGAAGCGCCUUAAACAAGCCGACCAGUAUCUAGAAAGGCGGCUUGAUGUGGAGAAUAUGUGGGCCUCAUGCAUGUUCAUGCUCUGAGAACAUUAGCCAACAACGUUAGAUCCUGAAAACAAACUUGAAGAAUACAAUACUAACAAACCUAAUCCAAGAUUUUGUUCUGGUCCACUGGUCUGUUUGGGCGUAAUGAUAAAAAUACAGUAAAGCCCUGAUCUUCAGUGCUUUAUACUGGUCAUUAGUUGGGACAAACUGGGAGCAUUAUGGGCCUAAAAACCGUCGCUUCCACAUCAAACACCAGAUGUGUUGAUCGAAGGCGUCUAAAGCGAGCUGCCGCGGCCAGAGGCUUCUUCACCUGCAAUUUGCACAGCAGAAAUGUAUUUAUGUAUAUGGAGAGAAUGUAUUUUUUCAAUACAUUUUUGCAGAUGCAUUACCCUCACCAUAGCCUUUUUCUGUUUAUGCUGUACGAUGUGCUCUUCUUCUUCUUGCCUAAUGCUAAAUCAGGGCGGGAAGCUAACGAUGCAGCUCGAUAGCUAGCCUCUUUCUUUCUUUUACCAACCAAAUCUGAAGAGAUUUAUGAUUUACGGAGUGUAUUUCAGGCACGACUAAAGCACAGCUAACUUGGUUAUCAAGGACGGCCCUGAUCCAGAACCAUCCAACUACAUAUCACAGCGCUGGAAAGUAACUUACACCUCUCUCUGUUUAAAGAAGGUUGCCUGAUGAUGAGUUCGAACUAAUCACGGUGGAAUUUUCUUUCUUAACUUUAAAGAAUUAAGAAAUACAUCAUAAAAAUAAUGUGACCAGAUUUCUAAAAUGAAAACCAGGGACAUUUUUGGUUUGGUGGCCAGUAUGUCGUUAAAAAUAUAAUUCAAACCUUAUUAUAUAUGAAAUCAAAACAGGUUUCAAUUUCGGUUUUAUAAUCUGUCAAAUAUAACUCUACUGCAUGAA